AUGACUUGGCAGCUGAUUACCUUCAGCUUCCCUUCAAGCAUGUCUAAACUCGCAGUGAUCGCAGUUGCCUUGAUCUCGGCUUCUAAUGCCUUCUUGUUUGGAGGAAUGGGCGGUGGAAGCAGCUGCUGUCCUGCUCCAUCACCAUGCUGUGGCGGUGGCGGUGGCGGUUACGCUGUUGCAUCAUCUGGAGGAUGCGGAGGUGGUGGUUAUUCCUCUGGCGGAUAUGGCGGCGGUGGAUAUGGCGGUGGAUACUCCUCUGGUGGAUGCGGAGGAGGA